AUGUAUGCAUACGCGAAUGGUGACACACGUUGGAUUGACCCAGCUACUAUGCACAUUGUGGAAGCCUCUUUUCCACCUCCGCAUCUUCACGAGCAGUCUAGGCACAGUUUUGUGAUAUUUAAUUCCUAUCAAUUUUUCUUGAAGGAUAUCAAAAAUGCGUCCAUUGCAUUUAAUGCAUUUGCUGAGAGUGCGCUAACGGGUUCUCAGUUAGUACAAGCUUCGAUCGAAACUAGAAAUCCAAUGGAAGAUUUCAGGUCUUUGUGGAGAGAAUCAAAUAGAAGAGAUGCUCCCCAGUCAUCAUAUUCGACGCCUCAAAACUUUAAUUGGCCAGAAAAUAGUUCUUCAGCUUAUCACGAGAGAAAUGACGACUGGAGAACAAUACCAGAUCCAUCUGUUCAAAUUUCAAACUUACUUCCAUCAUCAAACAGUCAAUCUCACACCUCCGUCACCUGUAAUCCAUCUUUCCCGAACUUACUCCAAUUGGAAUCAUUUCAAACUCCAUCGUCGUCCAAUUCUUCAUUCCAAAUUGAAGUAAAUCAUCCCUUCCAACCCCCAAGAACGACAAAUCUUCAGAUUAAUGAACCAAGUCAUGAAAAUGAACACGAAGAGCAGACAGAAGAUACAGACGACCAGGAAAGCAGAAAUCGUCGAAGAAAUGUCACACGAGAGAGUACUCGACAUCUGAAAAAGUGGCUGAAUGCCCACCUCUCAAAUCCCUACCCAAACAAGGGUGAGAAAAUCAUGUUGUCUAUUUUAUCUGGGAUGUCAAUUACUCAGGUGUCAACGUGGUUUGCAAAUGCCCGACGGCGUAUAAAGAAAGAGCACCAAAUAACUUGGAACUCCGGUGCCAAAUCACCUCCUGAAAAUUCCGCGUUGACAAACGAGACGCCUGUCAAUCCCUCGAUGAAUUUUCAACCGCAAAAUCAGCAGCCCCCAACCAAUUGGGAAGUAGGAGGUUCGGCUGGUAAUUCAUUAUUGAGAUUUUUGUCAAAUGAGAUACUUUUUUAA